UUCUGUUUCUCCGUGCUCUCCACCUCCUUCCCCAGCAAGACUCCGCUCCUCUCGCCCCUUCUUCCCGAAGGAACCCACGCCAAAACCCCAAUCACCCACCAAAUUGGACAAAACUCGAAACCCACAACCGAAAAUCCCGUCUUCCUGCAUCUCCAUCCUCCCGUAAAACCCCCUCACGCUCCCCGCCGCCCCUCUAACCGCACGACUUGCCAUCUCUCCACCGCCCCGCCGAACCUCCGACUAUCUUCCAGGAACCCCAAGAACGAAGGGGGUGCAAAGGUGUAGGCGAGAGAUGUCGGGGAAGCUGCGGGUGGACGAGCUCCGCGCCGAACUGCAGCGCCGCGGCCUCGACGACUCCGGCACCAAGCCGGCUCUCGUGCGAAGGCUGGACGCCGCCAUUUGUAAGGAAGAGAAGGAGACAGCUUGUGCAGCUGCAGCAACCAAUGCAUCUAAUGUGGAUGGCGUAGACGGUGUCGUCCUGGAUGGCAAAGGGGGCGACCGGAAUGAAAGGAAGAGGAAAAGACGAGGCGAGGAGAAAAAUGACACGUCGUGGGAUGUGGCAAAGCUAGAGGGCAUGAGUUACCGUGAGCUGCAGGCGUUGGCCAAGGCACGCAAACUCAAUGCGAAUGGGAGCAAGAAGGAUGUUAUCCAGAGGUUGCUCUCCACCUCUGUGGAAGCUGUGGAUCAUGAUGCUCAGGACAAGAAAGAACUUGCAGAAGGUGUUGAUGGGAAGGUUGAGAAGGAGAUGAAAAAGGGAAAGAUGGCUGCAGAUGUGACACUGGAUGCAGCACAGCUAGCAGGCAUGGGCUAUCGUGAGCUGCAGGCAUUGACCAAGGCACGGGGCCUCGCGGCGAAUGGGGUCAAGAAGGAUGUUAUUGAGAGAUUGCUUUCAACCCCUACCGAUUCUGCUGCAGUUGCUGAUGGUGGUGUUCAGGACAUUAAGAAAGUUGCUCAAGGUGUGGUUAGGAAGGUUGAGGAGGAGGUGAAAAAGGAAAAGAUGGUCAUAGCCACAAAGAAAGGUGCUGCUGUGCUGGACGAAUACAUACCUGACCACAUAAAAAUGACCCAUCAUGUCUUGCAAGUGGGCGAUGAGAUUUAUGAUGCCACCAUGAACCAGACUAAUGUUGGAAACAACAACAAUAAGUUUUAUAUCAUUCAAGCCUUAGAGUCGGAUGCUGGUGGAAGCUUCAUGGUUUAUAAUAGAUGGGGAAGAGUAGGGGUAAGAGGUCAGCAAAAACUGCAUGGUCCCUUUUCAACACAAGAUCAAGCAAUAUAUGAAUUUGAAGGGAAGUUUGAGGACAAAACUAGUAAUGCUUGGUCCAACCGCAAGAACUUCAAGUGUUAUGCAAAGAAAUACACUUGGCUUGAAAUGGACUAUGGCAAAGUUGACAAGGAAAUGACCCAGAUUCAGAAGAAAGGUUCCGUUUCUGAUCAAAUAAAAGAGACAAAGCUUGAAACUCGAACUGCACAGUUCAUAUCCCUCAUUUGCAAUAUAAGCAUGAUGAAGCAGCAAAUGAUGGAAAUAGGUUACAAUGCUGAUAAACUUCCUCUUGGGAAGCUAAGCAAGUCUACAAUACUUAAGGGUUAUGAUGUUUUGAAGAGGAUUUCAAAUGUUAUUUCAAGGGCAGACAGGCGACAGCUUGAACAAUUGACUGGGGAAUUCUACACCGUGAUUCCUCAUGACUUUGGUUUUAAAAAGAUGCGUGAAUACGUUAUCGAUACUCCUCAGAAACUAAAAGCUAAGCUGGAAAUGGUUGAAGCCCUUGGUGAGAUUGAGAUUGCGACUAAGCUUCUGGAGGAUGGUUCCAGUGACCAGGAUGAUCCGUUGUAUGCUCGAUACAAGCAACUUCAUUGUGACUUUACACCUCUGGAAGUUCAUUCAGAAGAAUACUCUAUGAUAAAAACAUAUUUGACGAAUACACAUGGCAAAACACACUCGGGUUAUUCAAUCGACGUAUUGCAAAUGUUUAAGGUGUCAAGACAUGGAGAAACAGAGCGGUUUCAGAAGUUUGCUAAUGCAGGAAAUAGAAUGCUUUUGUGGCAUGGUUCUCGGCUGACCAAUUGGACUGGGAUCUUUUCUCAGGGUUUGCGAAUUGCUCCUCCUGAAGCGCCUGUUACUGGCUACAUGUUUGGUAAAGGGGUUUACUUUGCUGAUAUGUUCUCCAAGAGUGCAAACUACUGCUUUGCCUCAGACACGUCAAGGUCUGGAGUGCUGCUACUAUGUGAGGUUGCCCUUGGCGAAAUGAAUGAACUACUAAAUGCAGAUUACGAUGCUAACAACCUGCCCAAGGGAAAACUAAGUACUAAAGGAGUUGGCCAGAUGGCACCAAACAUAGCAGAGUCGAAAAUCAUUGAUGAUGGUGUGGUUGUUCCACUCGGGAAACCCAAAGAGGAACCUUCAAAGAGGGGCAGCUUGCUGUACAACGAGUACAUAGUUUACAACGUAGAUCAGAUCAGGAUGCGAUACGUCCUCCAUGUUUCCUUCAACUUCAAGAGAUACUAGACGGUCUUGUAAGAAGCUGGAGGCAGUGCUGGGAUCCUAACAUUUCCAUCAUAGUAACCACUUUUCUGUAGCUCGUUAGUCAAAUGUUUCUUAGCUUUGCGGGUUUCGGGAUAAAAUGUGUAAGCUUUUUGUGGCAUCCUAAUGUGAUUCUAGGCUUCCACAAUCCAGACUGUUGCUGAUGCUGCGUGUAUAUAACAAGACAACAACCCAGUUUAAGCGAGUAUGCUUUUCUUUUUUGACAACAGCCAAAAGAAGCUCCAUGCUCUAAUAUUUUCA